UCAGUCUUAGAAUUCUCUGAUUUGAUUUAUUUCAUAACCUCUCCACUUGUCUAUUGAAAAGGAGACAUUUGUUUGCCAACAAUAUCGUCUCUGUUUUUUUUUUGUUGUUGUUUGCAGAGCGCAGAAUGCAUUCUGGUUCCUGGUGGUUUUGGAGAUCGUGGCGUGAGCGGAAUGGUUUUAGCAGCCAAAUACGCUAGAGAGAACAAAAUUCCUUAUCUUGGGAUCUGCUUGGGGAUGCAAAUUGCAGUAAUUGAGUUUGCCAGAUCUGUUUUGGGUUUGGAAAGAGCAAAUAGCACCGAGUUCGAUGCUCAGACAUCUGACCCUGUUGUUAUUUUUAUGCCAGAAGGCUCAAGAACACAUAUGGGAAGCACAAUGAGACUUGGAUCCCGAAGAACACAUUUACAGAACCGAGACUCUCUCACUUCAAAGCUCAAGUUGUUUUCUCUCCGGGCAUUUACCAGACAGCAAUGACGUGAAAAAGGUGUCUUUCUUUUGAUGAUGUUAGGUGAAUCCAGAAGUAGCUCAAGCACUUGAAGAAGCUGGUUUAAGAUUUGUGGGUAAAGAUGAUACAGGGAAACGAGUUGAGGUGAUUGAGUUUCAAGAUCAUCCAUUCUAUGUUGGAGUUCAGUUUCAUCCAGAAUUUAAGUCAAGACCUACUAGACCUUCUCCUCUGUUUUUAGGCAAGUCUUGAGAAACACUUUGUCUCAUAUGGUCAAAGAGCUGUCUUGAAGUUUGCUCAGUACACUGGUGCUAAUGCAAUUGCUGGAAGACAUACUCCUGGUACUUUCACUAACCAAAUGCAGACUUCUUUCAGUGAGCCUAGGU